AUGGCAGAGAUCCAAACCCGUCUGGCCUCUGUACAGGUGCUGAACAUGGCGGAGAUCCAAACCCGUCUGGCCUCUGUACAGGUGCUGAACAUGGCGGAGAUCCAAACCCGUCUGGCCUCUGUACAGGUGCUGAACAUGGCAGAGAUCCAAACCCGUCUGGCCUCUGUACAGGUGCUGAACAUGGCGGAGAUCCAAACCCGUCUGGCCUCUGUACAGGUGCUGAACAUGGCAGAGAUCCAAACCCGUCUGGCCUCUGUACAGGUGCUGAACAUGGCAGAGAUCCAAACCCGUCUGGCCUCUGUACAGGUGCUGAACAUGGCAGAGAUCCAAACCCGUCUGGCCUCUGUACAGGUGCUGAACAUGGCGGAGAUCCAAACCCGUCUGGCCUCUGUACAGGUGCUGAACAUGGCGGAGAUCCAAACCCGUCUGGCCUCUGUACAGGUGCUGAACAUGGCAGAGAUCCAAACCCGUCUGGCCUCUGUACAGGUGCUGAACAUGGCAGAGAUCCAAACCCGUCUGGCCUCUGUACAGGUGCUGAACAUGGCAGAGAUCCAAACCCGUCUGGCCUCUGUACAGGUGCUGAACAUGGCAGAGAUCCAAACCCGUCUGGCCUCUGUACAGGUGCUGAACAUGGCGGAGAUCCAAACCCGUCUGGCCUCUGUACAGGUGCUGAACAUGGCGGAGAUCCAAACCCGUCUGGCCUCUGUACAGGUGCUGAACAUGGCAGAGAUCCAAACCCGUCUGGCCUCUGUACAGGUGCUGAACAUGGCGGAGAUCCAAACCCGUCUGGCCUCUGUACAGGUGCUGAACAUGGCGGAGAUCCAAACCCGUCUGGCCUCUGUACAGGUGCUGAACAUGGCAGAGAUCCAAACCCGUCUGGCCUCUGUACAGGUGCUGAACAUGGCAGAGAUCCAAACCCGUCUGGCCUCUGUACAGGUGCUGAACAUGGCAGAGAUCCAAACCCGUCUGGCCUCUGUACAGGUGCUGAACAUGGCAGAGAUCCAAACCCGUCUGGCCUCUGUACAGGUGCUGAACAUGGCAGAGAUCCAAACCCGUCUGGCCUCUGUACAGGUGCUGAACAUGGCAGAGAUCCAAACCCGUCUGGCCUCUGUACAGGUGCUGAACAUGGCAGAGAUCCAAACCCGUCUGGCCUCUGUACAGGUGCUGAACAUGGCGGAGAUCCAAACCCGUCUGGCCUCUGUACAGGUGCUGAACAUGGCAGAGAUCCAAACCCGUCUGGCCUCUGUACAGGUGCUGAACAUGGCGGAGAUCCAAACCCGUCUGGCCUCUGUACAGGUGCUGAACAUGGCAGAGAUCCAAACCCGUCUGGCCUCUGUACAGGUGCUGAACAUGGCAGAGAUCCAAACCCGUCUGGCCUCUGUACAGGUGCUGAACAUGGCAGAGAUCCAAACCCGUCUGGCCUCUGUACAGGUGCUGAACAUGGCGGAGAUCCAAACCCGUCUGGCCUCUGUACAGGUGCUGAACAUGGCGGAGAUCCAAACCCGUCUGGCCUCUGUACAGGUGCUGAACAUGGCGGAGAUCCAAACCCGUCUGGCCUCUGUACAGGUGCUGAACAUGGCAGAGAUCCAAACCCGUCUGGCCUCUGUACAGGUGCUGAACAUGGCGGAGAUCCAAACCCGUCUGGCCUCUGUACAGGUGCUGAACAUGGCGGAGAUCCAAACCCGUCUGGCCUCUGUACAGGUGCUGAACAUGGCGGAGAUCCAAACCCGUCUGGCCUCUGUACAGGUGCUGAACAUGGCAGAGAUCCAAACCCGUCUGGCCUCUGUACAGGUGCUGAACAUGGCGGAGAUCCAAACCCGUCUGGCCUCUGUACAGGUGCUGAACAUGGCGGAGAUCCAAACCCGUCUGGCCUCUGUACAGGUGCUGAACAUGGCAGAGAUCCAAACCCGUCUGGCCUCUGUACAGGUGCUGAACAUGGCAGAGAUCCAAACCCGUCUGGCCUCUGUACAGGUGCUGAACAUGGCAGAGAUCCAAACCCGUCUGGCCUCUGUACAGGUGCUGAACAUGGCAGAGAUCCAAACCCGUCUGGCCUCUGUACAGGUGCUGAACAUGGCAGAGAUCCAAACCCGUCUGGCCUCUGUACAGGUGCUGAACAUGGCAGAGAUCCAAACCCGUCUGGCCUCUGUACAGGUGCUGAACAUGGCAGAGAUCCAAACCCGUCUGGCCUCUGUACAGGUGCUGAACAUGGCAGAGAUCCAAACCCGUCUGGCCUCUGUACAGGUGCUGAACAUGGCAGAGAUCCAAACCCGUCUGGCCUCUGUACAGGUGCUGAACAUGGCGGAGAUCCAAACCCGUCUGGCCUCUGUACAGGUGCUGAACAUGGCAGAGAUCCAAACCCGUCUGGCCUCUGUACAGGUGCUGAACAUGGCGGAGAUCCAAACCCGUCUGGCCUCUGUACAGGUGCUGAACAUGGCAGAGAUCCAAACCCGUCUGGCCUCUGUACAGGUGCUGAACAUGGCAGAGAUCCAAACCCGUCUGGCCUCUGUACAGGUGCUGAACAUGGCAGAGAUCCAAACCCGUCUGGCCUCUGUACAGGUGCUGAACAUGGCAGAGAUCCAAACCCGUCUGGCCUCUGUACAGGUGCUGAACAUGGCGGAGAUCCAAACCCGUCUGGCCUCUGUACAGGUGCUGAACAUGGCAGAGAUCCAAACCCGUCUGGCCUCUGUACAGGUGCUGAACAUGGCGGAGAUCCAAACCCGUCUGGCCUCUGUACAGGUGCUGAACAUGGCAGAGAUCCAAACCCGUCUGGCCUCUGUACAGGUGCUGAACAUGGCGGAGAUCCAAACCCGUCUGGCCUCUGUACAGGUGCUGAACAUGGCAGAGAUCCAAACCCGUCUGGCCUCUGUACAGGUGCUGAACAUGGCAGAGAUCCAAACCCGUCUGGCCUCUGUACAGGUGCUGAACAUGGCAGAGAUCCAAACCCGUCUGGCCUCUGUACAGGUGCUGAACAUGGCAGAGAUCCAAACCCGUCUGGCCUCUGUACAGGUGCUGAACAUGGCAGAGAUCCAAACCCGUCUGGCCUCUGUACAGGUGCUGAACAUGGCAGAGAUCCAAACCCGUCUGGCCUCUGUACAGGUGCUGAACAUGGCAGAGAUCCAAACCCGUCUGGCCUCUGUACAGGUGCUGAACAUGGCAGAGAUCCAAACCCGUCUGGCCUCUGUACAGGUGCUGAACAUGGCAGAGAUCCAAACCCGUCUGGCCUCUGUACAGGUGCUGAACAUGGCAGAGAUCCAAACCCGUCUGGCCUCUGUACAGGUGCUGAACAUGGCGGAGAUCCAAACCCGUCUGGCCUCUGUACAGGUGCUGAACAUGGCAGAGAUCCAAACCCGUCUGGCCUCUGUACAGGUGCUGAACAUGGCAGAGAUCCAAACCCGUCUGGCCUCUGUACAGGUGCUGAACAUGGCGGAGAUCCAAACCCGUCUGGCCUCUGUACAGGUGCUGAACAUGGCAGAGAUCCAAACCCGUCUGGCCUCUGUACAGGUGCUGAACAUGGCAGAGAUCCAAACCCGUCUGGCCUCUGUACAGGUGCUGAACAUGGCAGAGAUCCAAACCCGUCUGGCCUCUGUACAGGUGCUGAACAUGGCAGAGAUCCAAACCCGUCUGGCCUCUGUACAGGUGCUGAACAUGGCAGAGAUCCAAACCCGUCUGGCCUCUGUACAGGUGCUGAACAUGGCAGAGAUCCAAACCCGUCUGGCCUCUGUACAGGUGCUGAACAUGGCAGAGAUCCAAACCCGUCUGGCCUCUGUACAGGUGCUGAACAUGGCAGAGAUCCAAACCCGUCUGGCCUCUGUACAGGUGCUGAACAUGGCAGAGAUCCAAACCCGUCUGGCCUCUGUACAGGUGCUGAACAUGGCAGAGAUCCAAACCCGUCUGGCCUCUGUACAGGUGCUGAACAUGGCAGAGAUCCAAACCCGUCUGGCCUCUGUACAGGUGCUGAACAUGGCAGAGAUCCAAACCCGUCUGGCCUCUGUACAGGUGCUGAACAUGGCGGAGAUCCAAACCCGUCUGGCCUCUGUACAGGUGCUGAACAUGGCAGAGAUCCAAACCCGUCUGGCCUACGUCUGCUGCGUGCGACAACUGGAGCUGGUGCGAGACAGCGACUACUGCGAGUACAUCCGGCCUCCCAUCGACCGCUACGGCACGCUGGAGUUCGGGAAGUUUGACGAGAUCGCGGAAGUGGGUUAUCAACACGGAAAGACUCUGUUCGACGUUUGGCAGCGGAGUGGAGUGAUUGACAGCAUGCUCAAAGACCGACAUCAGGAGGAGUUCCAUAAAACCACAACUGGACAUGUGGUGACGUGUCCAAACGCCUCCUUCACGGAUCUGGCUGAGAUCGUGUCCAGGAUCGAUCCAGUGAAGAGUCUGGAAGAGGAGUUGUCGGAGGAGAACCAGACGGACUACGAUGAGGACUUUGUGGAGAGCGCUCUGUCAGAUCUGGACGCUCUGACAGCGGGAAGCGAGUUCACAGAAGGAGAGGAGACUGACGAGGAAUUUCACAUCCGCCACAGAUUGAAGGAGAGCAGCCAAUGA